CAGGGAGACGGGGCUCAGCAGGACGCUUCACUCAGAGACUAAAUGGCUUCCAGAUCAGAGGAGGAUCUCUGCUGUCCGGUCUGUCAGGACGUCUUUAAGGAUCCGGUUAUUCUGUCAUGUAGCCACAGCUUCUGUAAGGAGUGUCUGAGAAGGUGGUGGAGAGAGAAAGCAGCACAAGAGUGUCCAGUUUGUAAGGAAAUGUCUUUUAAUGAUCCUCCCCGGAACCUGGCUCUGAAGAACCUGUGUGAGACCUUCCUACAGCAGAGAGACCAGAGAGCUUCAGAGGAUCUCUGCAGUCUGCACUCUGAGAAACUCAAACUCUUCUGUCUGGACCAUCAGCAGCCAGUGUGUCUCGUCUGCAGAGAUUCAGAGAAACACACCAAGCACAGAUUCAGACCCAUCGAUGAAGCUGCUCAGCAACACAAGAAGAACCUUCAGGAAACUCUGGAACCUUUAAAGGAGAACCUGGAGCUCAGGAAGAAAGUUCUAGAGGAGUUUGAUCAGACAGCAGAACACAUGAAGGUCCAGGCCCGACACACAGAGAGGCUGAUUAAGGAGCAGUUUAAGAAGCUUCAUCAGUUUCUAGCAGAGGAAGAGGAGGCCAGGCUGGCUGCACUGAGGGAGGAAGAGGAGCAGAAGAGUGGGAUGAUGAAGGAGAAGAUGGAGGCUCUGAGCAGAGAGAUAGCAGCUCUUUCAGACACAGUCAGAGCCACAGAGGAGGAGCUGAGAGCUGAAGACGUCUCAUUCCUGCACAACUACAAGGCUGCAGUGGAAAGAGUCCAGCGCUGCCCCCUGCUGGAGGAUCCACAGCUGCCCUCAGGAGCUCUGAUAGACCAGGCCAAACAUCUGGGCAACCUGGCCUUCAACAUCUGGAGCAACAUGGAGAACAUGGUCUCCUACACUCCUCUCAUCCUGGACCCAAACACCGCUCAUCCAUACCUCAUCCUGACCGAUGAUCUGACCGGUGUGAGAGCAGGAGACAAACAGCAGCUUCCUGAUAAUCCAAAGCGAUUUACUAAAAUGUCUUCAGUCCUGAGUUCUGAGGGCUUUAAAUCAGGGACCCACAGCUGGGACGUUGAUGUUGGAGACAGCGAACACUGGAUGCUUGGUGUUUUAGCAGAUUCUGUCAAGAGAAAGGGGGACAUCUGGUCCAAGUUAUGGGUCAUAUGGUUCAUCCAAGGUAAAUACAGAACAUGGUCACCACCAGCUGCUCCCCAUAACCUCCCGGUCCAGAAGAAGCUCCAGAAGAUCAGAGUCAGACUAGACAUGGAAAAAGGAAAGCUUUCAUUCUCUGGUCUGGACACCGACGCACAGAUUCACAGCUUCAGACAGACUUUCACUGAAAAGAUGUUUCCAUACUUUUACACCGACGGUGAAGUAAACCUCCUACCAAUGCAAAUCUCUGUGAUAAAGCAGUAGAUUAUUCCUCAUGAAGGAUUAAUAACAUCUAAUCCUCCCCAGAGACUCAAAAGAAAGCGGUUGUUUCAAAAGAAAGCAGAGUUUAAAAUAAACAAUAUUUUAUUAUUUUACUGUCUGAAGACACAACAGGUGGCAGAUAAAUUAAACUACUAUUGAUAAAUUAUUGUUUAAACUCAGAGGAGAAUUAUGUGCUGAGGUCGUGUUGUGUACAGAGUGGCCAGGAAGUUGCUAGCUGGAUGUGUUAGCUGGAUGCGCUAGCUGGGUGUGUUAGCUGGAUGUG